AUGGAUUUUGCUAGAAAUAAGCUUGAUCUAUCAGUUCCUAAGAUGCUUGUGUGGAAUUCACAUGCAUCAGAGAACCCAGUUGGAGCAGAGUAUAUUAUUAUGAAGAAAGCAGCAGAUUCUUCUCUUGCACAUAUCUGGCUAUGUUUGAGCAAUAAAGAACAGAGAGAUAUUAUUAGGGCUAUGGUUAGCUUUAAUGUUAAAAUACUGAAUCAUCUCCUUGGCAGCAUUAGCUUCUUAGAAGAGCUUUUCUUGAAUUGGAGUUCUUAUCAUAUUCUGCUGUCUGAGGUCUGUCAGACAUCUAUUCUGUGGCACAAGAAUCUACAUCUGGACAAUAUCUUUAUGAAUUCUGAGAAACCUACAGAGAUUAUUGGGCUUAUUGACUGGCAAAAUGUCCAUGUUUUGUCUCUAUUUAACCAGGUCAUGCAUCCUGCCUUUUUGAACUAUAAAGAACUGAAACUUGAAGGUCUCAAGAUACUAUCUUUACUGGAAAACUUUGAAGAGCUUGAUGAGAUUGCAAAGAAACAUGCAAAAAAAUUGCUUGUUGAGCAGACUCUGUACAAAUACUAUAAUCUUUACUCAGCUUCUAUAAAUGUACUGGCUUAUCAUGCACUGAGAUAUCAGAAGACACUUCAGGAAGAGAUUGUCACUCUUAUUAGCAUGCUCUUGAAUAAUGGAGAACCACCCCUGCAAGAGCUUCUGAUGAAACUUGCCAGCAAAUGGAAUCAACUCAUUAGCAGCAAGAAAGACCCUCCAUGCCCUCUGCAGUAUUCAGCUGAAGCCAUUGAUUGCCAGCAGGAAUUGGAGGUGAAGUGGGUGGAAGGGAUAGUGCUGAUGGAUGAUGUACUAGAGUCACUAGGAGGAACUAUUUGUGGAUGGGAUGGCUGGGUGAGCCAUGAGGAUUAUGAGGCACUCAAGCAAAAACUUGACCUUGUCCGAAAGCAGUUCAUUGAACAUUUUGCUGGGGACGAUAGAGAAGCUGCCAAGGCAUGGGCACAGGCUUGGCCAUUCAAUGAGAUGCUGCUCGACGCAGCAGAUGCUGAUCUCGGUUAUAGUCGUGCAGGACAUGGGGGUUACAGCUGUAGCUGA